AUGGCAGCCCUCGCGACGCGUCUCGGGCGACUCCUGCCGCAGUCCAGCGUGCUCUUCGUCUGCGACAUGCAGGAGGUGUUUCGUGGCCGCGUGUUCCAGCAGCCGACAGUCGUUCAUGGCACCAACACAAUGAUCUCGGCCGCAACGCUCCUGGAUCUGCCAGUGGUCGUAACGACUCAGUACAGCUCUCGUCUCGGCAGCACUGUGCCGGAGAUCGCCAAGAACCUCGAGAACGUGCGGGACGUCAAGACCUUUGACAAGAUGAAGUUCUCCAUGCUCGUGCCCGACGUGGCGCAUCAUCUGACCACCAAUAUGCCACAACGAAAGUCCGUGCUGCUCUGCGGCAUUGAAACGCACGUGUGCGUGCUGCAGACGUGCCUCGAUCUCUUGGACGAGGGCUAUGACGUGCACGUGGUCUCAGACGCCGUGUCCAGCUCCACGAGCUACAACCGCACGAUGGCUCUGAAGCGCAUGCGCCAGUCCGGCGCCUUCAUCACGUCCGUUGAGUCGGCCAUCUUCCAGCUGGCCAAUGAUGCGAGCAACCCCGAGUUCAGGAGUAUCUCCAAGCUCAUUAAGGAGCACCUCAAAGUGGAGAAUGGAUUUGCAGGAGCGCAGAUGUAA